AUGGCUGUUAAUGCUAAUGGCUUCCCUCCUCCUAACCUCCACCACCCACGAAGGCUUCCCUCCCCCUCAACUCCACCACCCACGAAGGCUUCCCUCCCCGUCAACUCCACCACCAAGAGGCUUCCCUCCCCCUCAACUCCACCACCCAGAGGCUUCCGCCCACGGAGGCUUGCCACGCCCUCGCCCCCACCGCCCACGGAGGCUUGCCACGCCCUCGCCCCCACCGCCCACGGAGGCUUGCCACGCCCUCGCACCCACCGCCCACGGAGGCUUGCCACGCCCUCGCCCCCACCGCCCACGGAGGCUUGCCACGCCCUCGCCCCCACCGCCCACGGGGGCGUCCCUCCCCUCGCCCCCACCGCACACGGGAGCGUCCCUCCCCUCGCCCCCACCGCACACGGGGGCGUCCCUCCCCUCGCCCCCACCGCACACGGGGGCGUCCCUCCCCUCGCCCCCACCGCCCACGGGGGCGUCCCUCCCCUCGCCCCCACCGCCCACGGGGGCGUCCCUCCCGUCGCCCCCACCGCCCACGGGGGCGUCCCUCCCGUCGCCCCCACCGCCCACGGGGGCGUCCCUCCCCUCGCCCCCACCGCCCACGGGGGCGUCCCUCCCCUCGCCCCCACCGCCCACGGGGGCGUCCCUCCCCUCGCCCCCACCGCCCACGGGGGCGUCCCUCCCCUCGCCCCCACCGCCCACGGAGGCUUGCCACGCCCUCGCCCCCACCGCCCACGGAGGCUUGCCACGCCCUCGCCCCCACCGCCCACGGAGGCUUGCCACGCCCUCGCCCCCACCGCCCACGGAGGCUUGCCACGCCCUCGCCCCCACCGCCCACGGAGGCUUGCCACGCCCUCGCCCCCACCGCCCACGGAGGCUUGCCACGCCCUCGCCCCCACCGCCCACGGAGGCUUGCCACGCCCUCGCCCCCACCGCCCACGGAGGCUUGCCACGCCCUCGCCCCCACCGAGGCUUGCCACGCCCUCGCCCCCACCGCACACGGAGGCUUGCCACGCCCUCGCCCCCACCGCACACGGGGGCGUCCCUCCCCUCGCCCCCACCGCCCACGGGGGCGUCCCUCCCCUCGCCCCCACCGCCCACGGGGGCGUCCCUCCCCUCGCCCCCACCGCCCACGGGGGCGUCCCUCCCCUCGCCCCCACCGCCCACGGGGGCGUCCCUCCCCUCGCCCCCACCGCCCACGGGGGCGUCCCUCCCCUCGCCCCCACCGCCCACGGGGGCGUCCCUCCCCUCGCCCCCACCGCCCACGGGGGCGUCCCUCCCCUCGCCCCCACCGCCCACGGGGGCGUCCCUCCCCUCGCCCCCACCGCCCACGGGGGCGUCCCUCCCCUCGCCCCCACCGCCCACGGGGGCGUCCCUCCCCUCGCCCCCACCGCCCACGGGGGCGUCCCUCCCCUCGCCCCCACCGCCCACGGGGGCGUCCCUCCCCUCGCCCCCACCGCCCACGGUGGCGUCCCUCCCCUCGCCCCCACCGCCCACGGUGGCGUCCCUCCCCUCGCCCCCACCGCCCACGGUGGCGUCCCUCCCCUCGCCCCCACCGCCCACGGUGGCGUCCCUCCCCUCACCCCCAAUGCCCACGGGCCCGACCCUCCCCUCACCCCCAAUGCCCACGGGGGCGUCCCUCCCCUAACCCCUACCGCCCACGGGGGCGUCCCUCCCCUAACCCCUACCGCCCACGGGAGCAUCAAACCCCUCGCCCCCACCGCCCACGGGGGCGUCCCUCCACUCCCCUCGCCCCCACCGCCCACAGGGCGUCCCUCCCCUCCCCUCGCCCCCACCGCCCACCGGGCGUCCCUCCCCUCCCCUCGCCCCCACCGCCCACCGGGCGUCCCUCCCCUCCCCUCGCCCCCACCGCCCACCGGGCGUCCCUCCCCUCCCCUCGCCCCCACCGCCCACCGGGCGUCCCUCCCCUCCCCUCGCCCCCACCGCCCACCGGGGCGUCCCUCCCCUCCCCUCGCCCCAACCCUCAUGGGGGCGUCCCUCCCCUCCCCUCGCCCCAACCCUCAUGGGGGCGUCCCUCCCCUCUCCCCCACCACCCACGGGGGCGUCGCUCCCCUCACCCCCACCUCCCACGGGGGCGUCGCUCCCCUCACCCCCAAUGCUGAGGAGUACAAGUGGAGGUGCCUCCAUCAAGGUGAUGUUGUGAUACAUCAGAGAUGCUUCCAGCACCCAAUUGAACCAUUCGACCAUGUUAUUAGACAUGCUCAUUCCAAGUAA